CUGGGAUAUCUCAGUGUAACCCUCCGCCUGCGGUAGAUGUGCUGAGGCUGGAGUAGCCACCAUUUUGCAUGUCUAGUGUGUUCCUCCCUCCAUUGCUAAUAGAGACGAUUCCAGUUAUUUUCUGGCAUCAUUACGGCUAAGAAUGCCAGCUCCGAUCAGACUGCGGGAGCUGAUCCGGACUAUCCGGACAGCACGGACCCAGGCAGAGGAGCGUGAGAUGAUCCAGAAAGAGUGUGCUGCUAUCCGCUCGUCCUUUAGAGAGGAAGACAAUACAUACCGUUGCAGAAAUGUGGCAAAGCUACUUUAUAUGCACAUGUUGGGCUACCCGGCACACUUUGGGCAGCUGGAGUGCCUGAAGCUGAUUGCGUCCCAGAAGUUCACUGACAAACGAAUAGGUUAUUUGGGAGCAAUGCUGCUGUUGGACGAGAGGCAGGACGUCCACCUACUAAUGACAAAUUGCAUUAAGAAUGACUUGAAUCACAGCACACAAUACGUCCAGGGCCUGGCCUUGUGCACUUUGGGCUGCAUGGGUUCCUCAGAAAUGUGUCGUGACCUGGCUGGCGAGGUAGAGAAGCUGCUCAAAACAUCCAACUCCUACUUGAGGAAAAAAGCGGCGUUGUGUGCAGUUCACGUCAUCAGGAAGGUUCCAGAACUAAUGGAAAUGUUCCUUCCAGCCACAAAAAACCUGCUGAGUGAGAAGAACCAUGGUGUUCUCCAUACAUCAGUUGUCCUCCUCACUGAGAUGUGUGAAAGAAGUCCUGACAUGCUGGCCCACUUCAGAAAGAAUGAGAAGCUGGUUCCACAGUUGGUGAGAAUCCUGAAGAACCUAAUCAUGUCUGGAUACUCUCCUGAGCAUGAUGUGUCAGGCAUAAGCGAUCCUUUCCUGCAGGUGCGGAUAUUGAGACUACUGCGAAUUUUAGGCAAGAGUGAUGAUGACUCCAGUGAAGCAAUGAAUGACAUUCUUGCACAGGUUGCAACGAACACAGAGACAAGUAAAAAUGUAGGCAAUGCAAUUCUGUACGAGACUGUACUGACUAUAAUGGACAUUAAGUCUGAAAGUGGACUGAGGGUCUUGGCCAUUAACAUACUAGGUCGCUUCCUUCUAAACAAUGACAAAAAUAUAAGAUACGUGGCAUUGACAUCUCUACUAAAGACGGUACAGACAGACCACAAUGCAGUGCAGAGGCAUCGGAGCACCAUUGUGGAUUGUUUAAAAGACCUGGAUGUGUCCAUCAAGAGACGUGCAAUGGAACUGAGCUUUGCCCUGGUGAAUGGCAACAACAUUAGAGGCAUGAUGAAAGAGCUGCUCUACUUCCUGGACUCCUGUGACCCGGAAUUCAAAGCCGACUGUGCAUCAGGAGUCUUUCUAGCUGCAGAGAAAUAUGCCCCUUCGAAAAGAUGGCACAUAGACACCAUUAUGAGAGUACUGACAACAGCAGGGAGCUAUGUGCGGGACGAUUCUGUUCCCAACCUCAUCCAGCUCAUCACCAACAGUGUGGAAAUGCAUGCCUACACAGUACAGAGACUCUACAAAGCACUGCUCGAUGACAUCUCACAGCAACCUCUAGUGCAGGUGGCAUCCUGGUGCAUAGGAGAGUACGGGGACCUGCUGGUAUCCGGACAGUGUGAGGAGGAGGAGCCCAUCCAGGUGAGUGAGGAUGAAGUUCUGGACGUGCUGGAAGGCCUCCUGGUGUCCAACCUGUCCACGCCUGUGACCCGGGGUUAUUCCCUCACUGCCAUCAUGAAGCUGUCUACUCGUUUCAGCGGUGUUAACCGAAUCAAGAAGGUGGUUUCGAUAUAUGGCAGUAGCAUCGAUGUGGAGCUUCAGCAGAGAGCUGUGGAGUACAAUGCGCUUUUCAAGAAAUAUGACCACAUGAGGCCAGCUCUCCUAGAGCGAAUGCCCAUUAUGGAGAAAAGUGCUACUAAUGGCCCCACAGAAAUUGUACAGACAAAUGGGGAGACGGAGCCCUCUGUUGUGGAACCAAAACAUCUACCACCUGUCACCCAGCCAGUCAACCAGGCUAAUGAUUUAUUAGACCUGCUGGGCGGUAAUGAUGUGGUGCCAGUAAUCCAGACCACGAUGCCCACCAAGCCUGCCUCAGCUGGAGGAGAGCUGCUUGAUCUGCUGGGUGACCUCUCAUUAAGUGGUGCUCCAGCCCCUGCUCCUGCACCCUCUGUGCCCACAUCCCAACCCCCUUUCCUCUUGGAUGGCCUCUCCUCACAGCCCCUAUUUAAUGACAUUGCAGCUGCAGCUAUUCCUCCUAUGACUGCAUACAACAAGAAUGGUCUGAAAAUAGACUUCACAUUUGAGAGAGCUAAUCCCAAUCCAAACAUCGCGGUCAUCACCAUCCACGCUUCCAACUCAACAGAGGCAGAUAUGACAGACUUUGUUUUUCAGGCUGCAGUACCAAAGACAUUCCAGCUGCAGCUCCUCUCCCCUAGCAGUAAUGUUGUCCCAGCACUCAACCAGGGAACUGUCACACAGGUCAUCAGAGUCCUCAACCCACAGAAGCAACAGCUACGAAUGAGGAUCAAGCUGACGUACACCCUCAAAGGCUCGCCUGUGCAAGACCUGGCUGAGGUUAAUAACUUCCCCCCUCAGUCCUGGCAGUGAUGAGCUGCUUCUGUUGCUCUUAAAAGCCCCACCAAGGGAACUAUGAAAACGAUUUUCCUUUCACCUCCCUCCUUUCUUCCAACGGAUCCCCCUGUGACGUCACUGCAGUCCGCUGCCCUCGAGUUGCACGGGACGCAGCAGAGCAUCUAACACAGGAGAAAAAUACAGAUGUUACGAAGACCCUAUUGACUAUUGACAUCACCAGAAUAAUUGGGAAAACAUAUCAAUCAAUGAACUUUCUCUUUUCUUUCUUAAUUGGUUUCCAUGAUCUCUUUGCGUAGUAGCAUGAUUUUCCACAUACACCUUCCGCCCAGCACCAUUACCACCCACGAAAGCACAUAUGCACACCAUUCACUGCGGUAUACUUUACCUCUCAAGUCACUGUAGAGAUAAAGUCUUGCCCACUCUGAGCGCUGCAGUAACCAUAGUUUUAUUUUUAUUUAUAAUUAAGCUAAAAUGCAGUUGAAACACUUUACUCCAUUGAUAUUUAUGAUUGGCUUUGCAUUCAGAUUAUUUAAUAUGAACCUUUAGUCCUAUGAUGGCAGCAGAAAAAGCUUUGAAAGGUCUAUUUUAGUGAGGUCAUAAAGUUCUGGGAUAACCCCUUUUUUGACUCUCCACAUCAUGAGUGAAAUAACUUGAGAGCUGUAUUCGUUUUGAAUUACAUUAAUUUGCUUCAAGCAUGUUUGAGCAUUGUUAGGAUCACAAUCACACCUUGAAUCAAGCUCGGAGGGGAUUUUCGGGUUCUGGUAGUAGGCCUCGUUAUCCUAUGUUUCUAUAGGAAGUAGUCUACAUUUGUUUUGUCAAACUGAUAAGAGCAUAAACAAAUCCAAGAUGCCCAGUUUGAUCACCUGUGGCUAGUUUUCAUACAAUGUGCUCAGAUUUUCCCACACAGCUCUCCCAAAAUCAUCUCACCUGUAGCUUUAGUUUUAGAUCUGUAUAAUAAAUUCAAUGGUUAAUUGCUUUGCAUAGUUUGAGGACAUUCAUUCAUUAUGAUGGAUAUAAUCCAGGCCGGAAAUUUAUCUGAAGAUAAAUUAAUUGCAUUUGUGUUGGAGAUCUGCAUUUAAACUUUUCCUGCAUCUGUGUCCUCACAGUCUAGCUUGGAAUUUAGAUACAUUUCUGGUUUGUUUAACCUGGUUGAACUUAGUCACCAUGCACAUACAUGUAAAUGAAGCUUGUUAUGAAUGUAGUUACAUGCACUGAAUGCCCCCCCCCCCCAAAGUCUUCUUUUUCAUGGCUGUCUUCUUUGAUGGGGAUGCUCAUCUUAUUGGCUCUAUUUUUGUGAAAGUAUGUUUUAUUUCUGCAGUAAUUUGACUUAAUUAUUUAUGCCUGAUAUCAAAGUGAUGUGCCUUUCUGACUUAGCUAGAUAAAAGCCCCUGAACUUCUGAGUUCUCUAUGAGCUUGGUUUGUAAAUCUGCUUGUGUGCUGAUCGUGUUUUUAAUCUGAGGGAAAUUGUCCUGUUAGAUUUGAAUUGGUAUAUCACUUAAUUGAAUAAGUUUUGCUUUUUCACUUCUGUAUCUCAUAAUGAGUUAAUAAUCAGUCACCCACUAAUAUUGGCCUACCUGGAUGUCCACAGCAAUGACUUAUUGUCUUAGUUUUAAGAAAAACAUAAAUUAUAGCUACAUGAUCCUGAUAGUUUCUUUCUCUAUACUGUGUGGCAGACUUUCAAUUAAAAAUGCCUGUUGGAUGUUACUAAUAACAAGUCCAAAAAACAAAGCAAAUCUCAAAGAUUAUGGCAGCUAAUAGAUGUAAACUUUUCAUAAGCUGGCAUCAAGGUUUCAAGUGUUUUUAAAAAGUAUAAAUGUUCUACUAAAGUCAGUUAUCAUUAAGAUCCCUUCCCCGUCAAUAAACGUUAAAGUGUGAGUCUGGAUCACUUGGUGAGGUACUGGGACGGGUUGUUCUGUGGUGAAUGUUAGUAUGAUUUCUUGUCUCUCGUCUUCUCCAAAUCAGAAUUCUGACCAUGCUGUCGGGGACAGUAACCUUAAUACCUCACAAUGUUCUCUCUUUCUGUUAACUUUUCAGUGGCAGUAGAUUGAUAGCUUUUGUUUAGUCAUGAAUUGCAAUCAAGGGGAGUAUCUGCAUGAGAGAAACUAAUGGUAGUUUGUACAUCUCAUUACUUUACAAGCUUAGCAGCCCUGCAAUGCUGUGUUGAGAUCCUCAGAUGUUCAAUCAGGCUGUAUACUUCUUUUCACUAUGCUUCACUAUCUUCUAACUUCUGUGACCAAAUCAGAGAAACUAUUAGCUUUGGAAAUAUUUUUGAGCUAUGAUAUGUGUAUAUGGAGAAAAUUAUUUCAGUUUAACUUUUUUCUGUUGUUGACAAAUGCUAUAUUGGCUUUUUUUCUGUACAUAUUGAGGGCUUUUACAAUUUUGUCUCUUGUACUAUCUUUCAUCCUUUUUUUAGAUACCAUUUUCUAAAAAUUCCAAUUAUUCACAAUGUAUAUUGUCUAAAUAGAUCUAGUCAACAUCAGUCUAUAAAGACUUCCCUGUAUCAUCGCUCAUUCAUUGUAAAAGAUAUAUGAUCUGCUGCCUGUACAUUGUAUAUAGUUGUAAAACAAACAAAAGCUGAUCACAUUAAAUAAAACCCACAUGAAGACUUAAAAGAUUAGCUAGGAAAUAUAAUUGUAUGCAUAUAUGUACAAAAAAAGAAUCUUAAAAGGAUGCAAUUGAACUGCAUUUGAUUUACUAUUCUUCAUACAUGAUCAGAUGUGUCACAUUUACUUCUUUUACCAAGGUAGUUGGUGAGUCAGUAGGGUACUUGUAGGGGUUCCUUUGGAUGUUGUGAAAAUGGUUGAAUCUGUCUUAACAGAUGUUGUCUGAAUGAUGUACUUUACUACUGAGAAUCCCAAGCACAGUGCUGCACAGCAGCAGAAGUGGCACCUUGCUUCACCUGCUCCCCUGCCCCUCAAACGCCUCAUGUAUCCACGCCCUCCUUCGAAGAGGAUCAAGUUUCUUGCCAACAUGUAACUCUUCCUUCUGGCCUUAAGUGUGGUUGAGUGUUCUGCACUCUUGACAAGUCACAUCUAUUGAACUCUCUUGAACCUACAAAUUGAUUUGUGAAAUGAUGCCCCUUGGUCUUGGUGUGUUUGCUCUCGUGGUUGCCUGGUUACCUUUUUGUCUGCCAUGUAGCACCUUCCUAUAAACAUCAUGUCUCAACCAAGCAAGGCCACUACUAGUGCCCCAGUAGGAGUUUUUUGGUUUUUUUUAACCUCACUGAUUUAUCUUUCCCCCAUUAUUGCCAGUAGGUUUAAAUUGGAAUGGAGUUUUAUCUGGACAAGAGCUGAUAGAAAUUUUAUUUUGUGCCAAGUGGUUCCAGAUAUGUAUGUUGAGCAGCAGUGUCCUUCCCUGGGUCUGAAUAGUACAGGGCUUUCUUUUGGCUUAUUUUCUUUACUUUCGUCCCUUAUCACUGAUGUUAUUUGCCUUUGCGUGGCACACUUUUCAGCUUCUCUUUGUAGUCUCCAAUAUGAAAGGUGGGGCUGUAACACAUCAUGUCAAAUUGAUCUGAGCCCUCACUAUUUCAAAUUCAACUUUACACAGCAGUUAAUCAUGGCAGGAUAUGAGGGAGGAAGGAAAUGGAUUCAUUUUUUAUUUUUUUUUCCCCUGUUAGAACCUUUUUAGAUUUUGUGUUUAUGGAGUGCUCCUUUACCAGCCCCAACACUAAUGUGGGACAAGCCUGUGCUACAAGCUAAUAGCCACAAGGGGGAGCUGUGCAAAACGGAAGACUGACGGGAUGGGAAAGGAAGUUUAAUACAUCUAUUCCUGAGUGUUUUUGUUGGUGUUGUUUGUAUUGUCUUAUUCAACCAGUAUGUACCCUUGUUAAUCACAUCUGAUCAGUUCUUUCAAUGAUACUGUAAUUCAUGCAGUUUUAAAUGUACAAAUGGAAAUGAAACCCAACAUAAGUGCUUUGGACACUGUAACUUAAAAGGAAGAAAAGAAAUGGAAACAAAUACCCAUCAGCGGUGUGAUCUGCGUUUGAAGUGAUAUUAGUAUGCGUGUGUGUGCGUGCGUGUGCGUGCGUGAGACAGAGAAAAUAAUCAUGCUUGAGAGAGCGUGACGGUGUGUGACAUGUCUUUUAUCUAGAUAAGACAUGAUUUUUGGCUGCAGUUUCAACUUUCAGCUUCUGAGCUGCAUGUGAAAACCAGUGUAAAUAAUGUCAUUUCUACUCUUGACCUGAGACUUUUUUUGAAAUGCAAGAAAAGUUCAAAUUAUAAAAUCUGUCACACCACCUUCAUAGGUCAGUACUAACAUAUACAAUAGGAAGUUGUUCAGAUAGUGCUCACAAUACUGUUAAUGUUUUUAAGAGUGAUGAAAGUGCACAUCCGUCAUUUGGAUAAAUUGGAUAAUUGAUUUUUGUUUUUUAUUUGCUAGGGUGAAUUCAGUGUGUAAAGGGCUUGGAAAAGCAUCUGAAUUACCCCUAUGUUCACUUUCCCUGUUUAAUCAAAAGAAAAUGCAUCCAUUGUAUUUUGAAAACAAAAUCUGUUUGUAACUCCCUGUAAAACAAUAUGGUAACUGAUUUGUUGGGGGAGGGUGGAGGCAUGAGGUUCACUUUUUCCCAGUCAAGUUUGACACGUUGAACUGAAUCCCAGUUCCAUGGCUUCAAGGUGAGUGUGAAUGUCAGACUGAAAGUAUGAAAAUGAUGAUUAAAGAUGAGAGGUUGUAAACUAUUAAAUGGGAUAUUUUCAAUUUAUGCUGUGUAUUCUUGUCUUUGGGUUGGAGAAAAUGAUCAAGCAAAUAAAAAGUCAAAUAAAAAUCUAGUUGAACUAUG